AUGGGGAAUGAUAGUUCUCUUGCAACAGAAUUAGCUGAGAGCAUUACAGUGAGACCUACCAUUUUCCCAAGAGCUGGCUACGGAGUCCUGGCUUUUCUGAUGUUUCUGAAUGCUUUGUUUUCAAUAUUUAAUAAUUUCCUGGUUAUUGCUGUGACUCUCAAGAAUCCCCAGUUGCGCAAUCCCAUCAAUAUAUUCAUUUUCAACGUCUCCUUUUCAGAUCUCAUGAUGUCCCUUUGUGGAACCACUAUUGUCAUUGCAACAAACUACCAUGGGUAUUUCUUUCUGGGCCGAAAGUUCUGCACUUUUCAGGGAUUUGCAGUCAAUUAUUUUGGAAUUGUUUCUCUCUGGUCCCUGACAAUUUUAGCCUAUGAAAGAUACAAUGUGGUAUGCCAACCCCUGGGAACUCUCCAGAUGAGUACUAAGCGAGGUUACCAACUACUUGGCUUUAUCUGGAUUUUUUGUCUUUUCUGGGCUGUGGUCCCUCUCUUUGGCUGGAGUUCUUACGGUCCUGAAGGAGUCCAGACCUCAUGCUCUAUUGGCUGGGAAGAAAGAUCCUGGAGCAACUAUAGUUAUCUGAUUACAUACUUCCUGUCCUGCUUUUUCAUACCUGUUACGAUCAUUGGGUUUUCUUAUAGCAAUGUGAUCAGGUCAUUGCAUGGGCUAAAUAAGAAAGUUGAACAAAUGGGAGGAAAAUGUAACCCAGAGGAAGAGUUCCGAGCUGUAAUUAUGGUCCUUGUGAUGGUGGUGGCUUUUCUAAUCUGCUGGUUACCGUACACUAUCUUUGCUCUUACAGUUGUCUUUAAGCCAUCACUAAAUAUUUCACCUCUGGCUGCAACCAUCCCAACAUAUCUCUCAAAGACAAGUCCAGUAUACAACCCCAUCAUUUAUAUCUUCUUGAACAAACAGUUUCGUGACUGUGCGGUUGAAUUUAUCACUUGUGGCCAUGUUGUUCUGACAAACCCAGAAGAAGAAGAAGUUUCAACUUCAGCAGCUCCGGCUGAACGCAAAACACCAUCCAAGCUCAAUCGAGUGACUCCAGUCUGAAGGAGUUUCUCUGAAGCACCAUUUGUUGAAUUUAAUAACAUUAUGUACAAUUUGAACUGGAGAAAAAGAACAAUGUAUUUCAUCAUGUUUUUGGUAGUAUUAUUG